AUGGCGACGAUAGAAACAAUAUCCGGCGUUGGAGCGGGGCCAGCAUGGAAGCCGCUAGGGACCAUGGACUACGGGAUCAUCGGGGCCACGACCGUUAUCGACGUCACGGCUGCACUGUUCAUAGUGCACGUCGUGUGGAACUCGGGGUGGCCCCCGUACACGGCGGCAGAUCCCCAACUCUUGGUGUACACAAGCAUGGCGGCGAUAAUCGCGACGUUUGGAGUCAGCAUGAGGUACGGGCUGUGGGGACUGGACGGGGAGGCGCUAGGGUGCGAUGUGGUGGCUUCUUUCACGUGGAUUGGCCUGGGGGCGCUAUUCUCGACCGCGUUCCUCCGGAUAUACCGCACUCACGACGUUCUGGUUCGGCAGGAUGGGGCCAUGUGGCCGGUCGUGGCGCAGUUGGUCCUACUACUCCUGCCAUUCACGCUGGCACCGGCGUUCCUGUCGAGCUCCGGCGUGGCGAUGUUUGACCCCGCCUCCAUGGAGUGUCAGCCAGAGUCGACCGUGCCUGAGUCGUCAGCGUUCGUCGUGAUGGGCAUCCUCGCGGCGUUUUCGUUGGUGCUGGCCGUUCGGCUCCGUGUGGCCCGCGUGCAGGCGCCGUACGAGUUCGAGACGGCCGCGACUAUCUCCGUCAUCCUGGCCGCCGCUGCCGCCGCCCUCCCAUUGGUCCACUGGGAGAUGGAGGGGGACAGGGACGGCCGUCGAGGGUUAAUGCUGCUGAUCACGGCGCUGACAGGCGUUGGCGUAGUGGCGGCCCCGGCGUUGCGAUUCCUCUAUAGCUAUGUCAGCGACGAGGAGAAGCUUAAGAGCAGCGGUGACUUCUGCAUCGGCGAGUGGCGGUCCAAGAAAAAGGUAGACUACAUCAUCAUGCAGUGUCGGAAGUUCCAAGAAGUGGCCAGCUCCUCGAGGGACGUCCCGAACUUUCCCGUCGUCGACGAGUUUUUCCGGGCUCUCAUUGCCCGCGAGGAGAUCACGAGCUAUCCCAAGCUCCAGUCCACGACGAUGCGCAUCCUCAACAAGUACUUCCGAAAGGGCGUCCUGCACGCCGCCGCGUUACCCAUCUCGGAGGCGUGCAUCACCACCACCCUCCAGCAGAAGGCGUCUUCCACCUUCAUCUUCGACAGGGCCAGGGCGGAAGUGCUGGAUGGAAUCGGGGUCGGGAAGCUCCCACAGAUCGGCGAGGAUGGACCCAUCGGACCAUCCGCAGUCAUUGCCAGAACCCACAGCGAGGCAACGACGGGUGCCAACUCGAACUUGAAUUCUGGAGGCUCCGGGCAGCACAACAUGGCGAAUAAACGCCCCUCUCCUGCAUCUCAAGCCGCCGCCUCCGCCGCCGCCGCCGCCACCACCACCGACGCCGACGCCGACGCCGCGGCCGCGAUCGGCGGCGCGCACCUCCAGUCGCCGUCUCCAUCGGCGGCGCCGACACCGGCCCCGCCGUCGCCGGUGCUGUCGGAGGUGUCAUCGCUGCAGUACUCGGAGGACUCGACCCCGCCCCACUCCCCGGCGGCGCCUUCGCCUCUUCACCCGCUGCCUUCGUCGCGGCUGAACCCGGACACCCAGCGGAACCGCUGCGCGGUGGUCCGUUCGACCCCUUCCAGCCCGAUAACGACUCUGACACAGCCGCUGGACUACCGGGGGGCCAGCAAGAAGAUAGAGUCAGAGAAAAAGCCAGGCUCGGACAACAACAGCGGCGGCAAGAGGAAGAGCCUCAUCUCUUCCCUCUUCGGCAGGAUCGGAGGCGGAGAAGGAGGAGGCGGAAGAAAGUCGCGGCACGAGAAACGGAGGGUUCAGGACUUGGGGUCGUCUGCCGAGUGCCCCCCCCCCAUCAUCCACAUGGCGGAAGAAGACGACGACGAAGUCGUAGAUUUCGGAGAUGGCGUGGACGGAGCCAAGGGGAAGGACGAGGGGGCACUCCCCCGGCGGUCGUCGCUGGUGGCGGCCGACAAGACCGGGGUCCGGACGAUGGCCGGGAUCGGGGACGUCCACGCCGCCUUCGGCCUGGACAAGGGCAGCGACGAUGAGGAGGACGGCGAGGAGGGCGGGGCGAUGACCCAGCACAACAACAAGGGGUUCCUCGGCGCCGACUCGAGCGACGACGGCGCCACCGACCUCGCCGAGGCCGCGCGCGCCAUCCCACGCCCCCUCUUCGGGGACCCGUCGAGGGCCGUGGGGCGCCAGAACGCCCGUCGCGGCGGCGGGACCACCCGUCGCGGGAGCGGGACCACGCGUCCCCGCAGCGCCUUGCGCGGCGCCGCCAGCAGCACUGUGGCCAGCAGGACCGUCAGUAUGGUCCCCGACGAGCAGAACCAGGACCUGGCCAACGCGUACGGCCUGGACUUGGAGGCGGCGGAAGGGCUGCAGUCGCCGUCGCCGGCUGACGCUGGCGACGGGACGGCGGCGGAAGAGACCGCAGCCACGAUCGCCGUCGUGAACCCGCUCUUCGGAGAGGCUGCCCCCGAGGCCAACCUGGGAGGGACGGCGCGGGGGAACGUCCUGGCCCUGGCUCGGGCCUUCGACGUGGAGGCGCAGGCUCAGGCCGUCAGCGCCGGGCUUGCCGUGGACAACAACAAGAUUGGCCCCCCCGGAAGAGCAGGCAAGAGACUGACCAGAAAAGGCACCGGCGACGGAGGCCUUGGGGGGACAAUAGGCGGUGGCGAUGGGGACGGCCUCGGGUCGUCAAGAAAGGUCGGGUUCUCGGAGUCUCCUGCUCCCGAGGACAGCAAGCAAGCGGACACGGAGGCCCCGGGAGACGGCACCGGCGAUGAGGACGUCUGA